AUGGCUAACAGCAGUGCCCCCGUUUGUUGCGCGUUCGAGUCGCCCAUCCUGGAUCAGGUUCUGCCGCCGGUCCUGUUGCUGGAGUUCAUGUUCGGGUUGAUGGGCAACUCCCUGGUGCUGUGGACCUUCAUGUUUCAUAUGGACACCUGGAAGAAUAACUCCGUUUAUCUGACUCACCUGGCUGUGGCUGACUCCGUGCUGCUCUUCUGCCUGCCAUUUAGGGCUGAUUAUUACAUGCGGGGAAAGAACUGGAUCCACGGCGACGCCAUGUGUCGUCUCCUGCUCUUCCUAUUGGCCUGCAAUCGAUUGGCAGGCAUCUUCUUUCUAACAGCCGCGGCAGUGGAUCGCUACCUCAGGAUUGUCCACCCGCGCAACAAGAUCAACCGGAUGGGGCUAAGGUACGCUCAAGGGGUGGCCGGCGGCCUCUGGCUACUCAUCCUCACCACAACGACCUACCUGCUCGCAGACAAGCACUUCUUCUUCCGCAACAACAGAACCCAGUGCGAGAGUUUUAACAUCUGCAUGGGCUUCCACCCUCUCUCCACCUGGCACAAUAUCUUGUACUUGGCCCAGUUCUUCAUGCCUGGCGCCGUCAUCACCUUCAGCGCAGUCUGCAUCUCCUGGCAGCUGAGGAGCAAGAUAGACAACCGGGCUAGGGUCAAGAGGGCUGUCCAGUUUGUUCUGGUCAUGGCACUGGUCUUCAUUGUUUGCUUCUUCCCCAGUAAUGUCACCCGCAUUGCUGUCAUAGUCCUGAAAUACCAGUACAAUGAUUGCUCAUACUUCCAAGAGGUCAACCUGGCAUUCUACACCUCAGUCUGCUUCACCUACUUUCACAGUAUGCUCAACCCUGUCAUCUGCUACUUCUCCUGCCCCGCCUUCAGCAGAACCUUCCAGGAACUCUUCUAUGGACUCUUCGGCAGAAAGCAGUCUCAGGAAGAGUCGGCACCCAACAGCAACCAAACCACUAACAACAACCAAGAGCAACAACCACAACAGCAGCAGCAGCAGCAGCAACAACAACAACAACAGCAACGACAAUGUAUGAGUGGUAUUCACUGUAUUUCAUAGAAGUUAAUGAAAUUCCACUCUGCAGAUUGGUGGGAUAAGGCUGGAGAGGCUUCAGUAAAACUGCAGUACUUUUUGUUCAGAAGAAGUUGCUUUCAUUGGUGUUUUGUGCAAUUUGGUUGGCAUUCAUGGAUAUUUUACAGUGCAACAAAUGCUUAGUAGUUUAUUCAUUAUUACAUGUGCAGCAAUCUUUGAAAUGUAGUGUUGUGCUUUUCCCCUUUUACAGAGAGCAUGAGAGAAGAAAAAAAGCUUUUUAUAGACUGCGUAUGAAAAUUUGAAUUAAUCAUGAAUUGCAAGGCCAUUGUGUGAUGUCCAGAAAGAGCUGGUAUACAAAAACCCUCUUAGUCAAAAACAGGCCUGGAAAUGAAAAUGAUGGGGUUGCAAAUUUUCCAACAUAUAAUAUUACAUUUUUACUCUGUGGGUUGGAUUAAAAGACCAACAUACCUUACAGAUGUAGAUACAAAUGCCUCAUAUUUGCAGCCACACACAUAUAUAUGUACACACACACACACACACACACACAUAUGGGUGACAAAUUAAAGGAAAAACCUGAAUACAUGAGUGGAGAACAUAACGAAUGAAGAUGCUUCCAUACAGGUGUACUGCAUGAUAUAAUUAAACAACUGACAUUCUAUCAUGAUCUGUGGCAUGCAUAUAAAUGUUGACCAGGCCCAGUUGACCAUGAUUUUAGGGUUAGGGUUCAUUAUUCAAGCAUGAAUUGCAGGAGCUCUAGUUACAAAGACUGCUCAACUGGCUAGUGUUUCAAUAGGAACAGUGACUAAAGUGACAUCUGCAUUUACAGUACAUCUAUGGGAAAGACAUCAGUGAAUAGGGUU